UUUGGAUUUAACAUUCCUAGCGGAAUUGUUAAUUCUCUAUUCUGGACAGUCCGGUGAGCAGGGCUCCACUUGCCCAUGUUCUAGGGCCACCGAAAGCCUCCUCUGCCUCAGGCAUCGUCUCCCAGCAUGGACAUGGAAAGGCUUCAAGACGAGCUGCGCAUGUUUAAGGACAGGCACUUCCCCCAGCAGAGGCUGAGGUCUUCCCUCACAGUCUACGUGCUGCUGGCACUGUCUUAUCUGCUGAUCAUCAUCCUGUUCGUGGUGUCGCUCUCCAGAGUUUCAGUGCUCUCGUCACAGCUGAGCGAGCUGCGCAGUGAGCUGAAACAGAAUCAUUCCAGCAACGAGUUCAAACUUUCAGUGCUCUCGUCACAGCUGAGCGAGCUGCGCAGUGAGCUGAAACAGAAUCAUUCCAGCAACGAGUUCAAACUGUUCCCAUGCGGACCUGAGGCCCGGGAAUGGGAAUACUUCAGUGGCAAAUGCUACUACUUCUCCUUGCGUGUGACAUCUUGGCAGACGGCGAAAGCGCUGUGUGAGGAGAAGCAUGCACAGCUGGCCAUCAUUAACAGCCACGCUAAGCAGAAUUUUAUCAUGUACAGGACCCGUGACAAGCGCUUCUGGAUCGGCCUCUCAGACCAGAACGCAGAAGGGGAGUGGAAAUGGAUCGACGGGAGCGACUCCACAGCCGGCUUCACGUACUGGAAAGAGGGGGAGCCCAGCGACAGCAACCACAAUGAGGACUGUGCGCACGUCUGGACCUAUGGGGAGUGGAACGAUGUGCAUUGCACCUACGAGUGCUACUACAUCUGUGAAAAGCCUGUGCCUCUGUGAGCAGAGACCGGCCCAAAGCCAGCGCCCAGCCACGCUGUCCGGAACCUGCCCUGCUGCCAGCGCAGAGAGCGGGCGGCGCUGCCUCCUGGGAGAGGCUAUAAACGUACAGAUCUUGUUACUUUCCUCCCCUCCUCUGAUCUUAAUUGAUAUUCCCUUUACCUUUGGGUCCACUUCCUGGACCCAGAAUGGACGCCCCGCCCUAAAAGCCUGCCUUUCUACAGCGGGAGACCUGAGCUGGCCAAAGAGUGUGGAAAAGUUGCUUUCUUAAAACCACCUUUUACAAAUGAAUUGUCAGAACAUUCUGGGUCUUUGACUCCUCCUCUCUGUGAUGCUAAAUGAGGGGAAAAAAGGAGGAAAGCGUGAAAAUUUUGAUGCCAAAAUUUUGGGUAAAAAUUAAUUUUGUGGAUAAAGUGAAAACAAGUGAUGAAGUUUUCAAAAAUAUU